UGAGACUUGACAGACAUAACAGUCAGUAAAUUUUGGCUUUUCUUAUUUUCCAAAAAUGAAUUCAUAAAUUUUCCAAUCAUGUAAAAUUCAACAUGUUUGUUAUAAGGAGUGUGACCAUUUUUGUUAUCAAAUAGUAACAAGUUGGAUUCUUCACUCGUAUUUUGGUAUGUUUACUAAUGGUAGAUAAAGUUUCAUUGCGCGUGGCGUAUUCGUGUUCCUUAUCAUGAUAAUUGUUUGCUUCGAGUGAACUUCGAAUGCCCUCGCGCUCGACCUCCUAGUUCCCCGUCCCGCUUAUCAUUAUCAGCGUAAAUAUAAUGAGAAGAAAUGUUUUACUUGUUCAGAUAUCGUCGCGCAUUCACGGACGGUGUAUCGACUUUGAGUGAUUUUGUUCAUUAGUUUAUGAACUUUUUAGUUUUAAAGUUAUAGUAUCGUUGUUUAAAAGUUUGCAAGUGUUAGUUUUUUAUCGUUUGUGAUUUUCUCUUCCAUCCUGCAUCCAAGAGGAGGAAUGCCAAGUGACUGUCGUGACUGUUUGGGUAUUCGUUAUCGAAUUAACUCCCUGCACCAAACUUGGAAGUGGCUGCAUCAGACAAUCGCUCUUCACGAAUAUCUGAUCUCCCUCUCUUCGGCUGACACUGAUGCCUGUUACUGUGUGAAGCAUUAGAGAACUAUUGAAUUACAAGUAUUUGGACUUCUGUUUGUAUAUAGUUUUAAGUAGAAUAAUCAAAUUCACGCUUAAUAUUAAUAACUAUAAAUUUCAUACAGAAAAGUUUCCGUUAACAUAAACCUAUACAACAGCUAAGAUGGCUCAAACAAUGAUGAAGAAAGUUGUGGCUAGCAGUGCCUGUGUUGUGAUUGGUAUCACAAGGAGAACAAGUGCUCGAAGUCUUGCAGUUGCUGGCAAAAACUUAUCUACCAAUACGAAAGACCGUGUAUUACCUGCAGAGGGGGAGAUCACAAAGUCUGUAUUCAUGUCACAAUCAACAGACAUUUUUACUAACCUGGCAUUAGAGGACUGGAUGUAUCGUAAUAUGGAUUUCUCUAAACACCAUGUGAUGAUGGUUUGGCGCAAUGACCCAUGCGUUGUCAUUGGAAGGCAUCAGAAUCCUUGGCUAGAAGCCAAUGUUCCUCUUCUGGUGGAAAAAGAUAUAGCACUGGCUAGACGUAACAGUGGAGGUGGCACUGUGUAUCAUGAUAGGGGAAACCUCAACAUUACCUUCUUCACACCUCGUGAGAGGUAUGACAGAAACUACAAUUUAGAGCUCAUUAAGAGAGCAUUGUUCAGAGGAUUUGGAAUCCAGUCUAUCAUUAAUGAACGUCAAGAUCUCCUUGUCAGAAAUAAAAACAAAAUUUCUGGUACAGCUUCAAGGCUUAGCAGGUUAACAGGAUAUCAUCACUGCACACUUCUAGUCAAUGCCAAUAAAUCUAAUCUCAAGAGUGCUUUGGCGAAAAGAGAGCAUGGCAUACAGACGAACGCGACGGCUUCUACCCCUUCGCCCGUGGCUAACCUGGUUGAGGUGAACAAUCGAGUGACAGUGGACAGCCUCCAGACAGCUGUGGGAUACGAGUACCUUCGCACACCCGCUCUGCACUUGGAAGACGGUGGCCAAAACAUGAUCUCCAAACAAAGAGGAUUCCAGUUUGUCAACCCUACCGAAGAUUGGUUCCCAGGUCUGACGCAACUUAAGAGUGAACUCCAAGGUUGGGAUUGGUGUUUCGGAAGAACUCCUGACUUCAGUGUCAGUCGCACUUUCCCCGUGCCUUCGGAGCUGCUCGCUCCGUCCAAGGUCUACGCUGCGACGCAGGAGCUGGCCAUAAACAUGACCGUAGUCAAGGGUCUCAUUGAUGACGUCACUCUCAACAUCCCCCCUGGACUCGUCGAAUCCGGCUUCCACGGCGAAGCCUCAGUUAUCACACACCUGAAAGGCAAAAGAUUCACGUCCGAAGCCCUGACUGCGCUUCAAGAAGCCAUGUUGACUCGCCAUUUGCCCAGUGACAGAAAGUUGGAUGAGAAAGAACAGUUUGUCGCAAAGUGCUUUGAUCAAGUUGUGAACACUGUAUAGACAGUCUACGAUUUAAUUACACAUGAUUAUAAUCGUAAAUGUGCUACAUAAUUAGUUUGAUAAACUGUAGAUUUUAAAAAUUGUAAAUUUUAUCAGAUUGUAAGGUAUUAUAAUAUUAACGAUGUUGAUUGUCGAUUAUAUGUUUUGUAUAUAGAAAAUGAACAUUGAAAGUACUUACAGUUACAUAAACGUAAAUUGUAAAAAUUUUGAUGUGUGUAAUUGUCGUGUCUGUUCCUUCUAACUUCUUUAUUUACUGUCUAUGGUAAGUAUGUAAAGGUGUUUCGUUUAGUGCUUGUUUAAUCCUUUUGCUUUACUGUGUUCUUUUAGUUUAGUAUUAUUUUAAUUAACAUUGUACGCUUAGAGCCUAAUAUAGCAUUCACAAAGAGCAACAUUUAUUUAACCAACUCCUAGUAACAUUCACUGUACUAUUCGGAAAUCAAAAAUGUUUAUUGCAUUGCGGUCGUAUAGCACUAUUAUUGCGAUCUUCCACUGAAUGCAUAUUAUGUUAUUAGUGUACAAUACAAUCCCGCGAGUCGCACAUAUACGUGCUGAACGCCACAAGAAUGCAUCAUAUCAUUUGUUUUAAUUAAAUUAUAAUUUUUGUAACUGGAAUUAAUUUACUUAUAUAUUACUUAGCGAACGUUUUAUGUAGCAUGUACCAUUUAACGUAGAGCGAUGUAGUCUAAUAACCUGUGUAGGUACCAUUUCAUGAACACUCAUUAGUUUUCACAAGAUCUGCCCUCAACGGGAACUUUUUUGUGUGAAAUGGAUUUGUUUUCUUUUUAUAUAGUGAUGCUAAUUAUGUUUAAUGCUUGAGAUCACAUGUUUGUCAUAAUAACUAAUAAUAAUUUGACUAAUUUAACCAAUUACUUUAAUAAUGUGUACUAAUAAUCAAAUAAUAGGAAUAUUGAUUAAUUGUAGAGCAAGCAAGUACUGAAAUUAGGACGGUAUUUUACCUAAAUACAUACUUUCUUAGUAAAGAUUGUGUAUUAGUUGAUUCUAUGUUAUUGUUGUGUUGUAUGUACAUGUAUGAAUAAAGUUCAUGACAUUUAUAUAAUAUUUUGUUUAUUUAAUUCUUAUAUAACACGAACCUGUCAUC